UCAUCUCACUGUCCCCUUUGCCAUAGUCUUCGUUGGCUGCUAACAAGCUAGGGAAUUGAAUACUCCACUCUAAACAAAGAAAAUUCCAAAAUUUCGUGAUGGGGGGCAAGACUCAGACGAACACUGUGUUCUCUGCAAAUUCUCCUCCCGUGGGUAUGGAGAGUUCAGGGGAAGAUGAGAGAGGAAGCACCGUCGCCACCGGCGGCGUGCGCACGGCGGAGACGAUGCUCCGCCUCCUUCCGAUGGGUCUGUGUGUGGUGGCGCUUGUCAUCAUGCUCAAAAACUCCCAGACUAACGACUUUGGUUCCCUCUCCUACUCAGACCUUGGAGCCUUCAAGUAUUUGGUACAUGUAAAUGGAAUUUGUGCAGGCUAUUCACUCCUAUCAGCUGUGGCUGCAGCCAUACCUAGGCCAUCGAGCAUGCCUCGCGCCUGGACUUUCUUCCUACUCGAUCAGAUCCUCACAUAUGUGAUUCUGGGAGCUGGAGCUGUGGCAACAGAGGUGGUUUAUCUAGCCUACAAAGGCGACAGCGCGGCCAUGUGGAGUAAAAGUUGCGGCUCAUUUGGCGGGUUCUGCCACAAGGCCACUGCAUCUGUUGCCAUCACUUUCACCGUAAGCCUAUGCUACAUCGGGAUUUCACUCAUUUCCUCCUACAGACUCUUCAGCAAGUAUGAUGCACCCGUUGGUUUCUACAAUAACAAGGGGAUAGAAAUCUCGGCUUUCUAAAGGGCAGCCUGUGAACUACGUAGUUAUCACAACUGUAAUAAGAUAAUAAGACACUAUGUUCAGUAUGUUGCAUGUGCUAAACUACGUUACCUUCAAAGUUGUAUAAUGAUUAUACACCCUACUUGGCAUCUUUUGCAUAUGAAUUACAACAGAUUUAACCAAA